CGCACGGGGGAGCUCCGCGCCGCCGCCUUCCUCCGCCCGCGGCCGCCUUUACCCGGCGCGGCGGUGCAGCCCGGCUCCCACGGGGCGCUCGGCAUGAGGAGGAUCAGGGCCAAUGCCAUCGCCAUCCUGACGGCAGCCUGGAUCCUGGGCACUUUCUACUACUUAUGGCAGGACGGCAAGCCGCGCUCGGCGGCCGCCGGCGGUAGCGGCCGCGGAGGGCAGCGGGCUGCUGGGCGUCCGGAGGCGCGACGGGAGGAAAGCGCCGUGCCCCUCGGAGUGACGAGGGCUCCCCAGGGAGAGAAGAACAGCAGGAGGGCUUUUGAUGAGAAAGCUUAUCUGUCCUCAAAGCUGCUGAAGGCUGGAGAAGACCCCUACCGCCAGCAUGCUUUUAAUCAGCUAGAGAGUGACAAACUCAGCAGUGACCGGCCCAUACGGGACACCAGGCACUACAGGUGCACCUCUGUACACUAUGAUGCAGACCUGCCAGCUACCAGCCUCAUCAUCACCUUCCACAAUGAGGCCCGCUCUGCGCUGCUCCGCACAGUGAGGAGCGUCCUGAACCGGACCCCUCCCAGCCUCAUCCAGGAAAUUAUUUUGGUAGAUGACUUCAGCUCAGAUCCUGAGGACUGUCAGCUCCUUACCAAGAUCCCUAAGGUCAAGUGUCUACGAAACAUCCGUCGAGAAGGGCUGAUUCGUUCUCGGGUGCGAGGAGCUGAAAUGGCCACUGCUGACAUCCUCACCUUCUUAGACAGUCACUGUGAAGUCAACAGUGAGUGGCUGCAGCCCAUGCUUCAGAGAGUGAAAGAGGAUUAUACCCGAGUGGUGAGUCCAAUCAUUGAUGUUAUCAGCCUGGAUAACUUUGCCUACCUGGCAGCAUCAGCAGAUCUGAGGGGAGGAUUUGACUGGAGUCUUCACUUUAAGUGGGAGCAGAUUCCAAUAGAGCAGAAGAUGUCCAGGACAGACCCAACUCAGUCUAUAAGAACCCCUGUCAUAGCAGGAGGCAUCUUUGUGAUUAACAAAUCCUGGUUUAACCACCUGGGAAAAUAUGAUACUCAAAUGGACAUCUGGGGAGGAGAAAAUUUUGAGCUCUCUUUCCGAGUGUGGAUGUGUGGUGGCAGCUUGGAGAUUGUUCCCUGCAGUCGUGUGGGACAUGUGUUCAGGAAGCGCCAUCCCUAUGACUUCCCUGAAGGCAAUGCACUAACUUACAUCAAGAACACUAAGCGCACAGCGGAGGUGUGGAUGGAUGAGUACAAGCAGUAUUACUACGAAGCCCGGCCAUCAGCCAUUGGCAAGUCAUAUGGAAGUAUUGCAGACCGAGUGGAGCAGCGCCGCAAACUGAACUGUAAAUCCUUCCAGUGGUAUCUGGAGAAAGUCUAUCCUGAGCUGAAGGUUCCUGAGAAAGACUUGAUUCCAGGAAUAAUUAGACAAGGAGGAAACUGUCUGGAGUCUUGGGCUCAGGAUACCACAGGGAAUACGUUGGCUGGCAUCGGAAACUGUAAAGGGACAGUGAACAAUCCACCUGUUACUCAGGAGUGGGUAUUCAGUGACCCUCUAAUUAGACAGCAGGACAAGUGUCUUUCUAUUACCUCCUUUUCUACUGGCUCUCAAAUCAUACUGGAAGCCUGCAAUCAAAAAGAUGGCAGACAGAAGUGGAAGAUGAAAGGCAGUUUCAUUCAGCACUUUGUCAGCGGUCUCUGCCUGGAAAACCAGACUGGGAGAGUGGUGACCAACCCUUGCCAAGCAGACAUACCUGGCCAACAGUGGGAGCUGCUGCAAGCAACAUGAUGGUAGCACAGAGAUCUCCUUGUUUCUUUGUGCAUGAGACUUUGGAAACAAAGAGGAAUUUUUUUGUUUGUCUGACAUUAAAUGUUUUCAUUAUGCCCGUCAGCAAGCCACCAUUUCAGCUGAGCACUUGGUGUUUUUGAGCUUUCAGAGAAGAAGCUAUGGGUGAGUGCAGAAUGAGGAGAGUUGUUGAAAUCAGCCAUCUGUCAUUUUAAGAUCUCCUUUGCAGCUGAUGUC